AUAUAUACCAUAUAUAUCACCAUGUACAACCCCAAGAUCCAUUUUCCUGUGGGCAUACACAAUAAACCCAUAAUAGAAUAAUAACCAUAACAGAAUCAAAGAAAGACCACACCAACUUGGGUGCAAAAGACACCAAACUGUGCAAAUACAAAAAGAAAAAAAAGAAUGAGGAGUCUGUGAAAGUGAAUUGGUAGGUUGUGGGAACAGUUCAGUGUCGCAGUGAGUGAAGUUGUCCCCUUUGAUUCAAGAGCCUGAUGGCUGAGGCGUAACAGCUGCUCCUGAACCUGGUGGUGAGAGUCCUGAGGCUGAACAGGGUGGGCCUCCCACGUGGGCACCAGAGUCUGUGGCGACACUCGUGGGCUGCCCUUCUGGAGACUGAGUUCAAGAGCCGUGAGGUCUGUGUGACGGCAGGACCAUGGACUGAGUUGGCGAGCGAGGGUGUGUGUGUGUGUGUGUCCGUGCACGCGCCAGGCGCCAUGACAUUGGAGGAGGGGGCUUUGAGUGUCCAGGACUGGCUGAGGGCCCUGCACCUCGAUCAGUAUGCGGACAUGUUCGCCCAGCACGCCUACCACCACCUCGCCGACUGCUGGGAGCUCAGCGGGGAGGACCUCUCCCGCCUCGGCGUCUGCUUGCCCGGGCAUCGCAAGCGCAUCCUCUCCGCCUUAAGGAAGGGGCCGCCAUCACGGAAUCCCCUAGCCGCUGAGGCGACGUUGGAUGACGUCAAGGAGAAGCCCAUCCCGAGAAAGAGGAGCGUCUACCCCUACCAGGCCCAUCCACCGGCUGAGAAGGCCUCCCUCCCCCCCAUCCCGCCCAGGCAGGGACUGGGGUGCCCUCCCAAGAAAAUACAGCCUGUCCCCCGUCCUCGAAUACGACCCCCGCUGGUGGGGGAUGGCCUGAGGAAAGAUCCACCUGUGCUCCCUCCGCGCCAGGACACAGAGAGCAGGGGGCGACCCCCACCACUGCCGGCGAGGCCUCUGCCCAGGCUCCAGGAUCGGGAGACCAGUGUGGACUGCGGCACCACACCUAAAGUGAACUUGGACGAACUUAAGGCCAGACACCGGAGCCCUCCUUUGCUCAUACCGCGGGCCAAGCUUUCCCUACCGCAUCAGAGUGGCACCAGCUGUCCUCCGAGGCUUCACUUCGACCUGCUGAAGCAAUAUUCGGCUCCGUCGCUGAUUACGGAAUGCGAGCAGAGGUCCCCGGAUGACAGCCUCGACCUCGCUGCUGAGAUGAACAGUAAUGACAAUGCUGGCCAGAGCCCAUUCUCGGAGAGAGACAGCGCUGAGGAAAGCCCGAGUAACUUCUUCAGUGACGAGGACAAUGCAGAUGACUACGAAAUGAUGAUCAAUUUGCCUCACCUGUGCUCCAGUUCUGACAACCUUGGACUGGCCAAGCUGCAGAAAGAUGAGGCAGCGGACGAGGAGGAGAGCAGUCCCUCCAAGAGGCCGGCUGCAGUCCCGAUCUCCUCGACCCCUCCCUCCAGCCGCACCAUGGACACAAGUCAGCUCUGCCCUCUCAUCAAAGCCGGGUGGCUGGACAAGAAUCCACCGCAGGGCUCCUACAUCUACCAACGCCGUUUCGUCCGGCUGGACACCGACUACCUGAGGUACUUCGAGAACGAGAAGGAGGUUUAUUCCAAACGGGUGAUCUCUGUCAGAUCCAUCACUCGGGUGUCCUACGUUGGUGAGCAGAAGUUUGAGGUUGUCACGUCCAACCGUACCUUUGUGUUCCGGGCUGAGAGCGAUGGAGAGCGGAAUGAGUGGGUACGAGUGAUCCAACAAACGGCGGAGGAGAAGAAGGAGCGUCUGGAGUCGAGAGCAACCUGUACAUCCGACUACUUCUUGCGGGAGAGCAUCUCUGAAUUUGGGGAGAAGUACGGAUAUCUGGAACUGCGGGCAUCCCGGAAUAAGGUCUACGUAUCAAUCCGGGGGGACAAGGUGUGGCUCUACAAGAACGAAGAGGAUCACCGGCUUGGGAUUGGCAUCACCUCUGUGGAAAUGAAUGUGGCCACGGUGAAGGAGACAGACAGGCGGGGAUUCGAUCUCACGACACCAUACAGAACCUUCAGUUUUGUGGCUGAUUCGGACUCUGAGAAGGAUGAUUGGGUUGAAGCGUUACGGGAAUCCACCGCUGAGGCCCUGUCCAACUACGAGGUUGCGGAGCAGAUUUGGGGCAUGGAGCCCAACACCGUGUGUGUGGACUGUGGGAUCCCCAAGCCAGAGUGGGCCUCCAUCAACCUGUGUGUGGUCAUGUGCAAGAAAUGUGCAGGCGAACACAGAGCUCUUGGACCAGGCAUCUCCAAAGUCCGCAGCCUGAAGAUGGACAAGAAGGUGUGGACGGAGCAGCUGAUUCAGCUGUUCCAGCACAUUGGAAACCGGAAGGCUAACUGUUUCUGGGCGGCCAACGUCCCGCCGAGCGAGGCCAUCAGCGAGAGCAGCAGCAACGUGGAACGCAAGCAGUUCAUUAGUGCCAAGUACCGGGAGGGGAAGUACCGUCGCUACCACCUGCUCUUCGGAAACCAGGAGGAAUUGGACAAGGCUCUGUGUGCGGCCGUGGUCACCAGCGACCUGGAGGAGACAAUGUCGCUGGUGUUCUGCGGGGCUGACACCAACUGCUUCACGGGUGACCCUGCGUACCCGACCCCCAUCAAUCUCGCUCGGCAGGCCAAACAGGAGCUACAGGUGGAGUUCCUCAUGCAGAACCGGAACUCCGAGACCCCCCGCUUGGAACUAGGCAACAUAGACAAGCAGUACUACGUGGUCCCCCAGUCUAUCACCCACAACGGAUUCCUCUACAAGACUGCCUCGGUGGGAAAGCUGAUUACAGAGAGGAAAUCCAAAGAAGAAUUCAGCAAACGGUGGUGCGUUCUGGACAGCAACGUGCUCAGUUACUACGAAAGCGACCGGAACUCCACGCCCAACGGAGCCAUCGACAUGCGUGAUGUGGUCUGUCUGUCUGUCAACAGCCCUGCUGCCCAUGGGUUUGAGCACACGUUUGAGGUUUUCACGGAUCCAGAGCGCCUGUUCAUGUUUGGGACUGAGAGUGCAGAGUCCAUUAAAGAGUGGGUCAAGUCCAUUGCCAAGUCCUUCCUCCCGCCAGCCGUGGACCUGAUGGACCAUGACUUUGAGCGGAUUGGACGUCUGCUCUACAAGGACGGGUUGAGCCUGGAGCGGGCCAAGGUGGGCUGGUUUGCGCUGGAGAAGUCCACGCUCUUUGUCUGGUCCGAGGACUCGGACAAGGUGGAGGCCAUCAACCUUCGCAAGCUGCAGGAGUUGUCGGAGCAGGCUGACCACGGGGUGCUGGUAUUGGUGGAGAAGAGGCGGACUCUGUACAUCCAAUCCGAAAGGAAGCUGGACUUCCUGGGAUGGGCAGCGGCCAUCCAGAAGGCAGCGGACAGCACCGGGAACACAUUGUCUGAGCAGCAGUUGACAGACGAGGACAUUCCUGUUCUGGUGGAUCGCUGUGUGGCAUAUAUCACUCAGUACGGUUUAACUUCUGAAGGCAUCUACAGGAAGAGCGGGCAGAAAUCGAAGACCACCAACCUGCUGGAGCUAUUCCUGAAGAAUGCUCGCGGCGUGCGGUUGAGGGAAGGAGAGCAUCAAGUCGACGAUGUGUCCAACACUUUGAAACGGUUCUUCAGGGAGAGUAUCAGGGAGAGCAUCUUCACUGACAACGCGUACCAAGACUGGCUCCAUACAUCAAUGAUUCCCGAUGAGUGGAUGAAGGUUCAGCAGUACCAGAAGCUCGCCGCUAACCUGCCCAAGGUCAACCGUGCCACCCUCAAAGCUCUGAUCAACCACCUCUACUGUGUACAGAAAGUCUCUGAAAAGAACCAGAUGACCACGCACAAUCUGGCCAUUGUUUUCGGGCCCACACUCUUCCAGACAGAUGGGCAGGACAACAAGGUGGGCCGAGUGGUCGAGGAUCUCAUCAGUCACUUCAUCGAGCUCUUCAACGUGGACGAACAUCAGCUGAAGCGACAGCUGGAUGAGAUCGUUAGUAUCAUCCGUCUCCGGGACGCCCCGCUGAUGCAGUCUGGCCAGAAUGCUGGGGACUUCAUUUGCACCGUCUACCUGGAGGAGAAGAAGGAGGAUUGUGAGUUGAGUCUAAAGGUCCCGGCCACCAUGACGGCGCAGGAGUUGACCAAUGAAGUUUUGUAUCUUCGCAAGCUGAGCACCAAAGAGAAGGACAACUGGUGUUGCUUUGAGGUGAUCGACAGGGAGGAAAUGGAGCGGCCCCUCCAUUACACCGAGAAGGUGUUGCCCAUUCUGCACUCUCUGGGGGCUGACAGCUACAUGGUGGUGAAGAAGAACCCAUCACUGGAGACCAUGCUGAUGUACCUGGGGAGUAAGGUUGCCGAUCAGAAGCACGGAAUGGCCAAGUUCCGAGAGGAGCGCAAGUUGGGACUUGGGACGGGGAGUUUCAAUGACCGCUACUUCAUGCUGACGGACGGCAUCCUCCGGCUCUUCAAGGAAGUGCGGAGUAACAAGCCAGACAAGGAAUGGCCGGUGAAGAGUCUGAGGGUCUACCUGGGCGUGAAGAAGAAACUCAAACCGCCGACGUGCUGGGGAUUCACCAUCAUUUAUGAAAACAAGGAGAGGCACGAGAGGCAGCAGUGGUAUCUAUGCUGUGACACACAGAUGGAGCAACGGGAGUGGCUCGCUACCUUCCUGUAUGUGCAGCACAACGGCAUUAUCUGGCCCUCGAACUCGCUGAGUCCCUGGAGCGCCCGCCAGCCCUCGGAAUCCCGGCUUGGGAACGUCUCCCUGAUCCCGCUACGGGGCAGUGCCAACGAGAUGAGGAACAGCGUGGCAGCUUUUGCUGCUGACCCACUGUCUGGGCCCCAGGACUCUGGAUCCAGAGUGGCUGAACAGAAAGAAAGAGGCAGCCUGCUGCGGAGUGAGCGUGAAUAAAUGGAAGUUGGAGAUGGGCGACACUGGUGCUCUGAAAUGCCAUGGAACUGACACUAGAGACAAGGAGGAGACUCUGGAUUGUGCAGCUGUCAAGAAGGAGAAAGAGCCUCACUAUUUAAAGUUCAGAAAACAUUGUGUAAAACUGUUGUAGCAUAGACAAAUGCGAUCUGUACAUAUUUGUGAUUUCUCCGUCCUCUGGACACGCUUAAAAUUAGUUUAUUUAAUUCAGUCCUGACCUCAAAUGUGCCAUUGUAAAGUGGUUGGGAAAAAAUGUGAAUAGAUGUGGCAGAAAUCAA